UUGUGUCAUAAAUGUUCUACCACGGAGUGUCUGACAAAUAAAUCCAUCUUGUGUAUGACUGUAUCUGAUUGCCUCAGGCUGUCACUGGAGCAAUUCCCAACCGCUUAACGAAUCCGUAACGCCCACAUCCUGCGUGAUGAGCAAUUGUGAAUUAUUUUUUUUUUUCCAGAACACACCGGUGAGGAGAACUGCUUCCAGGUCUGGGUGGACGUGAACCUGAGUGGAGCCUGAACGCCGUUAAAGCCACACUGACUAACAAAACUUUUAAAAUAUGACUACAGUAAGGAUUUUAACUCCACAAUGCUGCCAUGCUGGGAUGUGACAAGCUUCCUACCCAGGUCUGGAAGGUGGUUGAUGAUGUUAGGAAUAAAUAUAAACCCAGAUGAAGAGCAGCAUAAGCAAUGGAAGGACCAACCCCAGAGCCUGUGUAUGUUGACGUGGACAAGGGACUGACAUUAGCAUGUUUUGUCUUCCUCUGCCUCUUCUUGAUUGUGAUGAUUAUUCGCUGUGCAAAAGUUAUCAUGGACCCUUACAGUGCCAUCCCUACGUCUACAUGGGAGGAGCAGCAUCUAGAUGACUGAAAGGACUUCACUAGACAGAGCCAUAAAAUGCUGCGAUCCAGGAGGCCUUUUCCCACCUGGAAGGCUAACACACAAACAGCCAUUUUCAGAUAUGCAGGGCAACGGCAAUAUCUCUAAGAGCACAUAGUGUAAAUGACUCUUGCUCAACAGAUCAGGAUAUCAGCAAGCCAUUCUGGCAGCACAGUUUAAUACUAUGCAGCAACCCUUAUUUUAAUGAAAACAGUUAUCAUUGUAACUCAAGUAGCACAAGACUCUUUGGACUUUUCCUAAUGUAACUCUUGGUCUAGCACAGUUUGUCCUCCCCUCAAUAUCUCCUGCAAAUCCAGGGUAACCAUCAGAAUCUGGAAAAGCAACAAUUUUGUCUUUCCUGGAAAUAGAUUGCUUCAAAUAUCUUCCUCAGUCACUAUAUUUGUGUUUCAAAAAAGGCCCAGAUUUUAUAAUUGUGUAUCCCAGAGCAUCAUUAAGUAGAAGCACUAAAGCACCCCUGGUUAAGUAGUGUUAUACAAGCAGAUUUAUUCUCGACUCACUUGGUUCUGCACAUACACUCCCUACCCCACUGCAGCCAUAUUUCCAGUGAUCAGGAUACAGAAGCUCUCAGACUACAGUUCCCAAGGGGGUCAUGGACUACUCUUGACCCUGCAGCACCACCUCACUCUAUCCUACUCAAACUAGGCAUAUCAUCUGCUACGGGUCCAUGGAUUAGCCAGAUGUGUCAGACCACUUACUAUGAGCUUGGUAGCACCCAGAAGUCCAUGGAGCAGAGCUUGGACACUGCUGGUUUCAACUACAUAGAACUUGUGGUGAUUUUCAAAGAGUGAUUCCACAUGCAACUUCAUCCAUCUUUUGUUUCAGGUGCACUUCAGUGGGAUGAGACAUGAAUACAAUGAUAAAGACAAUAAGCAAAGAGACAUCGCUCCUAGCUUUGUCACUCAGACAGACUCCACAGCAUAGCAGUUACAGUAACAUACAAUAAUAUGCGUUCUACCUCGGAGAAAUUCAGCACCUUUAAAAGAAGAAUUUUCCCACAAAUUUGUAAGGUAAAUAGCUGUAUGUUUCCUUCUCUCGAUUCAUUAAGACAGCCGUUAUGCAAGAAGGCAUAAGUGAACAUGGGAGCUUUGGAAAUUUAUUAUUUACCUUUUGAAGAGUGGGGACUGAGGGAUUCCCAUGUCCUCUACUCCCUAAAUUCUAAGGUUUGCUCACAGCUGCCUUUUUUAG